ACUCAGCAUCUGCUCGUGACCUUGGCCUCGUCCUCGCCUCCGUCGCAGUCGUUCCUCGGCAAUGGCGAUGCGCAAGUCGCCGACAAAACUCCACUUCAUUCUUCUUUUGACUCGUUUGUCGACCGUCUCAUGCAAGAAUGGCAUAUCCCUGGUCUUGCUAUUGCCGUAGUCCACAAGAACAAGACAUGGUCCAAGGGCUAUGGCUACGCAACUCUGCCUGACGUGCCAUUCACUCCGCAUACCCUCUUCCAGGGCGCUAGCACUACCAAAUCAUUUACGGCUUCUCUUACGGCUUUACUGAUUCAAAAUCACAAUGACUUGGAAUGGGAUACUCCGCUCCACGACAUUGUUGGCAACGAUUUUGUUCUCAAGGACGACUAUCUGACGACUCACGUCACCUUCCUCGAUGCCAUGUCUCACAGAACUGGAGUACCCAGGCAUGAUGCCAUGUGGUAUGAUCAAGGUCUAGACGUCAAGACUCAGGCAUAUCUGAUGCGUCACGUCGAUACAAGCGCGAGCUUCAGGACGGUCUACCAGUACUGCAAUCUGUUCUUCACUGCAGUCUCGCAUGUCCUUCAAACUGUAACCGGAAAGCCGCACGCAAACCUGCUGCGUGAGUGGAUCUUCGAACCACUUGGAAUGAACGAAUCAUACUACUCUCGAGAAGACGCAGUCACUUGCCAAACAUCGAAUCCUCACUGCGUACUAGCCGAUAGCUAUCAGUGGAACAAGGAAACAGCCUCCUAUCAGAAAUGGGCUUUGAACCAAUCCAAUCCCCCAAACGGAGCUGGGGGCAUUAUUUCUAACGUCAACGACUAUAGCAAGUGGGUCCACACCCUCAUGUACGAGGCUGGUCCGGUAUCCAAAGAUGAUCAUAGCGUACUGAAGAAUCCCUUAUCUGUGGAAGGUAUAGGGGAACCGCCUUAUACAGGGCCUACCUGGUAUGCACUUGGACUCGAAGGAGGGAUCUAUCGCAACGAGCGAGUCUUUUCGCACACGGGUGGGAUUUCCGGAUACGCAUCAAGCUUCGCGUUCUUGCCCGAUCGUAAAUUCGGUCUUGUGAUUUUCCAAAACUCAAUGAGUACUGCUUUCGCGGCUAUGCAAACGCGAUUAAUCGACGAGUUUUUGGGUGGCCCGGAGGAUGCGUUUUACGACAUGAACAAAACNAUGAGUGAUACUAGGCAACGUGAGCUGACAAAGAAGCGCGAAGAAAAGCUCGAGGCUCUUCCUUCUACGCUGUACCCGCAUGUACCAUCUGAUGUGAUACAGCCACAACUUCCUUUACAAAACUAUACGGGAACUUAUACGAAUGCUGCUUAUGGAAACCUCAGCAUUAGUCUCGAGGCACCUUCAGAUCUGCUGAGAAAGUUAAAGAGCGAUGAAAUCGAUUCGUCGAGUUCGCUACUCUAUGCCAAAUCCAAAGGCGGGAACGUGUUGUUCAGCUUUCGGCACAUAUAUGCAGAGCAUUGGCUUUUGGAGCUGCGAACUGUAAUCUACGAUGCGAAGGUGGCAGACGACUACAAGAAGGCUAGGUUCGAGAUUGGAGCAGACGGGGUUGUACAGAGACUCGGAGUGGUCAUGGAGGUAGCGGUGCUCGGGGACAAAGGAUGGGCGUGGUUCGAUAGAGUCGAUGGUUGU